ACGCGGCCUGCAGCGACCGGGGGGCGCGGGUGCGAGUGCGAGUGUGUCCGCGGCGCUGCGGCGGCCCCGGCGAGCGCCCGCCCGCGGCCCUGGGAGCCCGGCGCCGGCGUGUGGCCUCCGGGCGUGCCGGCCGGCGAGUCCCCGGCCCCCUCAGGCGGCCCCUCCAGCCGUGUGUCCGGGGUGGGGUGCGGGGGGAGGCCGUGGCGCGCCCCCCAGGCGCUGUGUGCAGGUGUGUGCGUGGGUUGUGUGCCCAGGUGUGGGGGCCCCCAGCAUCCCCCCACCCCCCGCGAAUGUGCGCGCGCGGCGAGCUGCGUUGGGUACUGACCCAGGCCCUGACUCCCUGAAGAGAGAUGAAGAAACCGAGAUUCCGUGAGGUUCACACAGUUGCCCGAGGUCGCACAGCUAGCCUUGCCUCCCACUCCUUCCUCCUUCCCACUGCACCAUGGCUCCGGGCCCCUUCUCCUCGGCGCUCCUCCCGCCGCCACCCGCUGCCCUGCCCUUCUUGCUGCUGCUCUGGGCAGGGGCGUCCCGUGGCCAGCCGUGUCCCGGCCGUUGCAUCUGCCAGAACGUGGCACCCACGCUGACCAUGCUGUGCGCCAAGACUGGCCUGCUCUUUGUGCCACCCGCUAUCGACCGGCGAGUGGUGGAGCUGCGUCUCACGGACAAUUUCAUCGCGGCUGUCCGUCGCCGAGACUUCGCCAACAUGACCAGCCUGGUGCACCUCACCCUGUCUCGGAACACUAUCGGCCAGGUGGCAGCCGGCGCCUUCGCUGACCUGCGCGCCCUGCGGGCCCUGCACCUGGACAGCAACCGCCUGGCUGAGGUGCGUGGCGACCAGCUCCGGGGCCUGGGUAACCUCCGCCACCUGAUCCUUGGCAACAACCAGAUCCGCCGGGUGGAGUCGGCCGCCUUUGACGCCUUCCUGUCCACUGUGGAGGACCUGGAUCUCUCCUACAACAACCUGGAGGCCCUGCCCUGGGAGGCCGUGGGCCAAAUGGUCAACCUCAACACCCUGACGCUGGACCACAACCUCAUCGACCACAUCGCCGAGGGCACCUUUGUGCAGCUGCACAAGCUGGUGCGCUUGGACAUGACCUCCAACCGCCUCCACAAACUGCCCCCCGACGGGCUCUUCUUGCGUUCCCAGGGUCCCGGUCCCAAGCUGCCCACCCCGCUGACGGUCAGCUUUGGUGGCAACCCCCUGCACUGCAACUGCGAGCUGCUCUGGCUGCGGCGGCUCACCAGAGAGGAUGACCUGGAGACAUGUGCCACCCCAGAGCACCUGACCGACCGCUACUUCUGGUCCAUCCCCGAGGAGGAGUUCCUGUGCGAGCCCCCGCUCAUCACGCGCCAGGCGGGCAGCCGGGCCCUGGUGGUGGAGGGCCAGGCGGUCAGCCUGCGGUGCCGUGCUGUGGGUGACCCCGAGCCGGUGGUACAUUGGGUGGCACCUGAUGGCCGGUUGCUGGGGAACUCCAGCCGGACCCGGGUGCGGGGGGAUGGGACGUUGGAUGUGACCAUCACCACCCUGCGGGACAGUGGCAUCUUCACUUGCAUCGCCUCCAAUGCGGCGGGGGAAGCCACGGCCCCCGUGGAGGUGUGCGUGGUGCCUCUGCCACUCAUGGCGCCCCCACCAGCUGCCCCACCACCUCUCACCGAGCCGGGCUCCUCUGACAUCGCCACACCCGGCCGGCCUGGUGCCAAUGAAUCCGCUGCCGAGCGUCGGCUGGUGGCGGCUGAGCUCACCUCAAACUCCGUGCUCAUCCGCUGGCCAGUGCAGAGGCCGGUGCCUGGCAUCCGCAUGUACCAGGUCCAGUACAACAGCUCAGCCGAUGACUCGCUCGUCUACAGGAUGAUCCCGUCUACCAGUCAGACCUUCCUGGUCAAUGAUCUGGCGGCGGGCCGCGCCUACGACCUGUGCGUGCUGGCCGUCUACGACGACGGGGCCACGGCACUGCCGGCCACGCGAGUGGUGGGCUGCGUGCAGUUCACCACGGCGGGGGACCCGGCGCCCUGCCGCCCGCUGCGGGCGCAUUUCUUGGGCGGCACCAUGAUCAUCGCCAUCGGGGGCGUAAUCGUCGCGUCUGUCCUCGUCUUCAUCGUCCUGCUCAUGAUCCGCUACAAGGUCUACGGGGACGGCGAAGGCCGCCGGGCCAAGGGCGCCUCCAGGUCGCCCCCGCGGGUCAGCCACGUGUGCUCGCAGACCAACGGUGCAGGCGCGCCGCCGCCGCCGGGCCCUACGGCGCAUGACCGCUACGAGGCGCUGCGCGAGGUGGCGACGCCCGCGGCCCCGGCGGCCGUGGCUGUGGAGGCCGAGGCGGCGGCGGCGGCCGAGAUGGCGCCCGCGGAGUCGGAGUCGGUGCUCGGACGCUCUCUGGGCGGCUCGGCCACGUCGCUGUGCCUGCUCCCGUCGGAGGAGACCUCCGGGGACGAGCCCCGGGCGGCCGCGGGCCCUCGGAGGAGUCGCUCCGGGGCCUUGGGGCCUCCGGCCUCGGCGCCCCCAGCCCUCGCGCUGGUUCCCGGCGGCGCCGCGCUGCGGUCGAGGCCGCAGCAGCGCUACUCGUUCGACGGGGACUACGGGGCGUUGUUCCAGAGCCACAGUUACCCGCGCCGCGCCCGCCGGACAAAGCGCCACCGCUCCACGCCGCACCUGGACGGGGCGGGCGGAGGGGGCGCGGCAGGGGACGACGGGGACUUGGGGCUGGGCUCGGCCCGGGCGCGCCUGGCCUUCACCAGCACCGAGUGGAUGCUGGAGAGCACCGUGUGAGCCGGGCUGGACGCCACUGGACGGCGGACUCGAGGGGGGCGGGGCCGCGCGCUCGCACCCGGGGCGGAGGGGGCGGGGCGGGGCGCCGGGCCCCUCCCCCUCGGACUCCUCGGCCCCGCCCCGCCCCGCCCCGCCCCCGCGCUCGCGGACCUCGCUGGAGCCGGUGCCUUACACAGCGAAGCGCGGGGAGGGGCGGGGCCCCGACACUGCAGCACUGAGACACGAGCCCCCUUCCCCUCCCGGCACCCGGGUCGGGGACGUGGGGCACCACUUCUUGUAUCUGGCUGGACUAGAUCCUAUUCUGUCCCGCGGCGGCCUCCAAAGCCCCCCCUUCCCCCUUUUCACCCCAUUCACUUGCCGGGUCCCGUCGGGUCUGACUUGGGGCUCCCCCACCCCCGCCAUCAUCACUUUCUCCGUUCCUCUCCCCUUCCCCCAUUGUCUCUGUCCUGCCCCUCUGUCAUCUGUCUCACGUCUCUGCCCGGUGUCUGUCUGUCUGUCUCUGUCUCCCUGCCCACCCCAGCCCCCCAGAUUCGGUCCAGUCUCUGUGUCUCUCCAGAUCACUUCUCCCCACAACACUGUCCCGGGCAGGACCCACCGGAAGGACCAGACUCUUCCCCUAUUCUUGUUCCUCAAACAAAUCCCCACAAGAACAAAAUCCGAAACCAAAUCCUUCUCCCUACCGGAGCCGGGACCCUCCGCCGCAGCAGAAUUAAACUUUUUUUCUGUGUC